CAUCCAGGCCGUACGAGCUCUCGUCUGUGGACGCUGCUACUAGAUUUUUUUUUUUUUUGAGACAAACGCUGCUACUACUGUAGAUUGCAGUUGUAGCUAGGGAGGGACCUUGUUUGCCCACUUUGCUGUGGCCUCUAAAUGAGCCCUGCAGGAGGGGGGCUAGCCGGUGUCUCCUCAUCAUAAGCCAAGAGACGCUGCCAUUCUAGUCUAGCUUGAGGCGACGGGGAAAUGGCUGCGGCGACGGCGAUGGCCAUGCUGGCGGCGCUGGCGAUCCUCGUCCUCAUGCCGUCGGCGCGAGGGCUCGGCCGCGCCGAGUUCCCGCCGGGGUUCCUCUUCGGCGUCGCGACGUCUGCUUACCAGAUCGAGGGCGCGUACCUGGAGGACGGCAAGGGCCUCAGCAACUGGGAUUUCUUCACCCACACAAACUACGUUCAACGAGCCCAACCUGUUCACCAGGCUUGCAUACGUGCUGGGCAAGUACCCUCCGGCACGCUGCUCCACGCCGUUCGGGACAUGCAAGAGCGGGAACUCUCAUCGGGAACCCUACGUCGCGGCUCAUAACAUGCUGUUGUCACAUGCAGCCGCCGUCCACAACUACAAGAAGAAUUAUCAGGCAACGCAAGGCGGAUCGAUCGGUAUCGUGAUUGCGAUGAAAUGGUAUGAGCCGCUGACGAAUACCACGGAGGAUAUCCUGGCUGCGCGACGUGCCUUGUCUUUUGAGGUAGAUUGGUUUUUGGAGCCGAUAUUCUUUGGUGAUUAUCCCAGAGAAAUGCAUGAGUUGUUAUCAUCCAACUUACCAAAGUUCACCUCAGAAGAGAAGAUCUUACUGCAGAAGAACAAGGCGGAUUUUAUCGGUGUAAACCAUUACACGACAAUUUAUGUCAAGGAUUGCAUCUCUUCUCCGUGCGACCUCAAGGCUUAUGAGGCUUAUGAGGCGAAUGCACUAGUCCUAGCUACAGGUGAAAGAGAUGGCGUUGCAAUUGGGAAACCCACUGCAUUCGAUGGUUACUAUGAUGUUCCAGAGGGCAUGGAGCGGAUCGUCAAGUAUGUUAAUCAGAGAUACGAGAACACACCUAUCUAUGUUACUGAAAAUGGUUACUCGCAAUACAGUAAUAACACUAUGGACGAAUUGAUCAAUGACGUUGAAAGAGUGAACUACCUACAUGGUUAUCUCACAUGUCUCUCUUCAGCGGUCAGGAAAGGAGCAGACGUGCGUGGGUACUUCGUAUGGAGUAUCAUCGACAACUUCGAGUGGACUUUCGGUUUCACGGUAAGGUUCGGGCUGUAUCAUGUGGAUUAUGAAACGCAGAAGAGGACUCCAAAGAUGUCGGCGAAGUGGUACCGAGACUUCCUCAUGGGCUCUAGGCCGACCGACCAGGUGCAGACGCUAAGAGCAGAUUUGUGAUAGUUGCCGCCAUCACUGUCGGAUCCAGUUAGCCAUAAAAAGAAACUGUUAAGAAAAAAUGUUUGUUUACUUGCUUAUCUUGAAGAUCUCUAAUGGCAUUUUUACAUACUCCCUGCCCUGGACAAGAGCAGAGCAGAGCCAUAUGCCUGACAUAGUUUGUACACUAUGACACAUGCUACUGAAUCCUCUUUCAGGAGCUGCUAUUUAGCAUUGUACGUAGUUC